AGUUUAAACGGUCAGUAUUUCGGAACAACUGGCCGCCGACGGACGUGGACGGAGCAGCGAUAGAAAAAUAAAGCAUGGAUCUAAUUGCAGAGCAGGCAGCAGAAGCUACUCAAACAACCUGUGAUUCCGACUAUAUAGCAAAAGCUCUGGCACGCGCGUAUAAAAGCGCAAAUUUGCGUAUAGAAAGCUUUCACAGUGAGGCAGUUAGUCAGCGCGGCGAAAACUUUUGUAGCGUCAUCUACCGGAUAAAAGUAGCAUAUCGCAAAAGCGAAAAUGCGCCGUUAGAGCAGGGAAAUUAUAUACUUAAGGACCUGCUGCCCAUUGUUGCCGAGGUGGGCUCCAAUGAGAAAUUCAUGUUCGAGCAGAUACUGCCCGCCAUGGCGCAGUUAUUGGGGAAGACUUCGCUGGAGGAGCGCAAGUUGAGCGCUGAUUGUCUCUUUGCGGAGCGCGCUAAAGCCAAAGAGAUCUAUUUGCUGGAGGAUCUUGGCGCUUUGGGCUAUACAUCAUUAAACCGCCAAAAAGGCCUGUCUCUGGAGGAUGCCCGGAUUUGCCUGCACAAGUUGGCACAGUUCCAUGCCGCCUCCAUGCUGCUGCUGCACGAGCAGCCCCAGCUGGUGGCUCAACUGUCGCCCUCACACUUUGACAAUGGUGUGAGUGAUCCCUUCGCCCAAGUCAUUUGUUUGGAUGGCACGGCUUAUGCAGCAGAUGUGGUGGCCGAAAUGCCGGGCAUGGCGCCAAUAGCUGCUAAAAUGCGGGCUCAGCUGUCAGGGGAUUACUCCGAGCGCUUACGUGCCACGGUCAAUGCCAAAAACACCGAUUUCCCAGUCAUUGUCCAUGGGGACCUGUGGGUAAAUAAUAUAAUGAUCAAUCCUGAGCAGAAAAAGGCAAUUAUUGUGGAUUUCCAAAACUGUUUUGUUGGCAGUCCGGCCAUUGAUCUACAAUUCUUUUGCUAUACCAGCUUGCAGUUGGACGUGCUACUGCAGCACCGGGAGCAGUUGCUGCAGCACUAUAACGAAAGUCUCUGCCAGACACUGACUGCUCUGAAUUAUCCUGGAAACCAGCCAAGCUAUGCCCAACUGCUUGAUGAAAUGGAACGUUGUCUCUUCUACGGUUACUAUGCCGUCGUCUGUGAGCUGCCCAUCUGUUGUGUCUCUAAGGAUGCCGCUGAGGACUUCACUGUGCACACUUUCAUAGACGCCGAGGCCAUAAGGGCGAAGCGUCAACAGCUCUUUGCCAAUGAACGUGUCCUGCACACAUUGAAAGCCACCUUGGGUCACUUUGAGCAGCAGGGCAUACUAAAUGCGUUGUAAAAGGCGGACAACUUCACUACUCUUAUUUGUAUUACUGAAAGUAUUUAGGGAGUGAUAGAUAGAUUCCAUCUAAAUGGGCUGAAAUAUUUUGGGAAUUUUUUGAAAAAGUUGCAUGUCUUAAGUUAGAGUUUUUUUUAAACACUUGUUUUUUUUUAAUUUUGUUAUUCUUGAACGUUAUCAACCACCGAGUAGAUUUGGUCAUGUCUGUUUGUCUGCCCGUCUCUCUCCCUCCCUAUUCCUCUCUCUCACAGUCCAAGGGAUAGUAACACUAUAUCAUAUGAUAUAUCAUAGGUACGAUCGUUUAAAUGUUGAUUUUUUAUACUAUAUGUGCGAAAUCCCUCCACGGAGAAUACAUAUUGCAUUUACCAGCAAAACCUUAUCUUAUCUACAAUAAUAAAAGUGAUCAUAUACAUA